GCCUGCACCUGUCGCCGCAAACGUAUCGCACCAACGCACAGCUCUCGUCGGCGUCGCCAGGGAGUACUCACGAAGGCGUCUGAGCGACCAGCAGUCGAAGACGCGGCCGCCGCCGGGCGCACAGUGAGCUGCUGAAGUGCACGCCGCAGGACAGCCAAGCGGCCGCACGUUAAGCCAUGCGGCGCGCCGCCGCGCUGGCGAUGCUAUGCGUAACAACAGCUCUAAUCCCGCCGCUCGCGAAACCCAUAGCACGACGAAGGGCCGUGCCCGUCGACAUCGAGACGAGCGACAGGAGCGACUGGUACAUUUUGCAGUGCUACGUGGGCAACGAGUUGUGGUGCGGCGAGACGCUCAAAGAAAUACUGUCGUAUCCGGAGAACGCCGAAGCCAAGUCGCGAGUCGAUGAGAUUCUCGUGCCCACCGAAAAAGUCGCGUCGACGCGAGGCAAGAAGGUCUACCAUAAAGAUAGAAUAAUAUACCCAGGCUACGUCUUCGUCAAGUGGCGCCCGGACCAGAACUCCUGGGCGGUGCUGACCAAAGUGCCAAAAGUAGCGAAUUUCGUGGGCGACGACAAAGGCAUGCGCAACGGCAUAGGAGAUGUUGUUGUAGGGUAUAAAGGUGCCGUGACGCCCACACCAUUGACAGAAAGAGAAGUGCAGGGCAUGCUCAAGAUCCACCAGGAGGGCCAGGACGUCGGUCUGGAUUCGAUCGUAGAUAACUAUGCUCUUGGGGAUAUUGUCGCGGUCGUCAAAGGUGACCUCACCGGAGAACGAGGGUUGAUUCGUUCAGUGAAGAACGACCAAUUGAUCAUUCGAUUGACGGGCGGCACGUCGGCCUUCGACGUCCCUCUGGACCCCGACCAAGUGAGAUUGUUGACACCGGAGGAAAUUGCCCAGAUGGAACAGGCCGAGGAAUUGGCCCAAGCGCGGGCGGACGCUGCUGCUCGCGAAGCUGCGGAGAGAGAAGCUCGGAGAUCGGGCGAGGCGGACUAUGGGAGAGGGGACGCCGGCCUCGCGUCGCGGCGACAGCGCCGUGCGGACAGGAAGGAGCAAGAUGUCUAUGAUGUCGACGACGGCGCGGGGCGAGCGGCUCGACGAAGCAGGUGGGACACGAUGGCCGAGGCGUCGGCACGGGAAGGCGCGCUAGGCUUUGGAAGUGCAGUGGAUAGAGACCUGGACGAAGAUGAGUAUACCACUGCAGAAGAUGAUCCGGAUGAUGCGUUGCUGGGCCAGCCGUCGGAAGCCGAUGACGCCUUCUUCGACUCCUUGUUUGCGUCCAUGGGCGACGACGAGAAGCCGAAGAAGGAGAAAUCGAGGAAGGCCGAGGCGGCGUCGGACGACGACUUGCUGCGAUCUUUGUUGUCCGAUGAUAGUGAAGACUUCGAGGAGGACGAGGAUGAGUCCUUCGCGUCGUUUCUUGGAUCUGAUGAAGAUGAUCUGGGCGAUGAGGACGACGCCGAGUUAUUGUCUAUCCUGGGCAUCGGCGGCGACGACGCGCCUCCUGCGGUGCCCGUCGCCACGACCGACUACGACGCGAUGAAGGUGCCCGAGCUCAAGGCGCUGCUCAAGGAGCGGGGCCUCAAGGUCGGGGGCAAGAAGGCGGACCUCGUCGCGCGGCUCCGCGAGGCGGCGUAACACUGUGUACCUAGAUAC